GUGGGCCUAAACUCAACCGAUUCCGGAGUUCAAUCGGUGUUGGAUAUGUUCUCGACUGGGGAGUCAACUCACCUCUGGACGGUGGGAGAGGGCUCGAUCCGAAGUUCAAUAGGAUGCAUAAAUGAACCGACGCUAUCAAGAUUCCAAGCGAGUGUUAAUUGCCAAAGUGACGGGUCCAUAGGAGCUUAG